AUGUGUGUACAAGGUGAAGCGUCUAACUCUCAGAGAUAUCAGGGCUAUGAACAUGGUGAAAGCUCAAAUACACAAAGGAUGCAAGAAGGAUACAAUGGAAAUCAAUUUGGGAAUAAUUUUCAAGGUUGUACUGGUUUUAUGGGAAAUGUAUAUAACAUGAAUGGCAACAACAAUUUUAAUACCAAAAAUGGUAACAACAACUUCAAGAAGUUUGGUAAUGGGAAUAAUAGUUUCAAGAAUUCUUCUUCAGGGUUUAGUAAUAGAAAUGGAAAUGGGAGUAAUAACAACUACUUUGGUAAUCUGAUAUGCUCAAGAAGAGUGCACCCUGCACCAAACUGUUAUUACAGGUUGGAUAAUGGGAAUGUACAUAGUUCUAGUCCUUUGAUGUGCCAAAUUUAUGGGAAAAUAGGGCAUAUUGCUCUUGAAUGCUACCAUAUGAACAACUAUGCGUAUCAAGGUAAUCCACCACCACCCUCUCUUGCUAUGACUGCUCAGACAAACAUUGAAUCAAAUGAAGUUAUUGGUUCUGUGUUUUCAAAUGAAAAUGGACAUGGUUUUUCUGCUGAAGAUAAUUGGAUCAUUGACACAGGGGCUACUCAUCACAUGACUACCAAUCUAAACCAUCUUAAUAAUGUUACUCCAUACACUGGUGAUGAGAAGAUCACCAUUGGGAAUGGACCUGGUAACAAGGAAAAUACUUUACCAAGGAAAGAGUGA